UUGCUCUCCUCCACAGUUAUGCCUUGUUUUUGAGCGGGUGGGCUUCUCAACCUCGGAAUUAUUUGAUCGCAUAUUCCUCUCUGUUUUAUAGCGACCUCGUCUUUGUUUACGAGUAUGCUCCACGCGUGAAAGAUAUUGCCAGGUUUAUUUUUACUUCGGCGUUUUUUUUUUUUUUGCGGCUGCAUUAUUUUCGUCACAAUGAAAGUCAGAGUUCAAGUUGACCUCCCAUUUUUGCUUGCAAGUGUGCUGCAGAGACCAAAGGGAGAUCAUUGUCAGUUUUGCUCUGUUGGGCAACAUAAGGGCGAAGUGCCAUCUUAAUUUGGACCACACACACCUCUGGAGUUCUACCAAUUUGCUCCAGUUUCACUGUGAAGAAGAGUUCCUUUGUUACAGUACCUCCAUCACUCCACAGUGGAUCUUCAAAAUGAUCUCAGCUCAAGAACCCCGAUUUCAGAUUCUGAUCACUUCGGUUUACUUACUUUCUCUGUUCAUUGGCAAUGCAACGGCGGACGUGCCGGAGCAGGACGACUUCAAUGCAGAGGCGUGGCUUCGUCAGUUUGGCUACCUGUCCCAAGCCAGCAGGCAAAUGUCCACUAUGCAGUCAGCCCAGAUCCUGUCCCAAGCAAUUAGUGACAUGCAGCGUUUCUACGGCUUGGAGGUGACCGGCAAGUCAGAUGCCGCCACUGUCACGGCCAUGCGUCGACCUCGAUGUGGUCUGCCAGACAAAAAAGCCGAACUGGAUGAUGGCACGAGAAGGAGACGCUACGCUGUUACUGGACAACGGUGGGACAAGGACCACAUCUCCUACAGUAUAUUGGACCAGCACAUCCCGCACUCCCUGGGAGCGCAGAAGACCUAUGAUGCGAUCCGCAGAGCUUUUAAUGUGUGGCAAAGGACCACGCCGCUGACCUUCCAAGAACUACCGGCUCAGCAUGGCAACAGCAGCCAGGCUCAGCUCGCGGACAUCCUGUUGUUGUUUGCCUCUGGUUUCCAUGGCGACAUGUCCUUGUUUGAUGGCGAGGGGGGCUCACUGGCCCAUGCCUUCUACCCCGGGCCUGCAAUGGGCGGGGAUACACACUUUGAUGCAGAUGAGCCUUGGACUUUGGACAGUCCAAACCACCAAGGUAUUGACCUCUUCCUUGUUGCGGUGCACGAGCUUGGUCAUGCUUUAGGUCUGGAGCACUCUGACAACCCCAACGCCAUUAUGGCUCCUUUCUACCAGUGGAUUCACACGCACAACUUCACACUGCAUGAGGAUGACAUCCAGGGAAUACAGCACAUAUAUGGUCCCCCUCGCAUUAUUGAGGCUCCUUCCACCGCUGGUGGUGAUCCGGAACAUGCAUUACCCACCUCCCCUUCUCCCCCGGAAGACGAACCCACCAAUCCUCCCCCGACUGAUGCCAAACCGAAGAUCCCAAGCACAACUGAAGGAAGCCCACAUGUCACGCACAAACCCGAACCAACCUUUGCCCCGACCACGCAUGCCGUAAUCCCCACCACCUCCCAUCCUGAUCCCGAAUUCACGCCACCCUUCAGAAAAGACGUGCCCCGUCCUCCACCUACUCGCCGCCCUCCCAAGCAGCCGGAUAACAAGGCCCCUGAUAUCUGUGAUGGGGACUUUGACACUGUGACCCUUCUCAGGGGGGAGAUGUUUGUGUUCAAGGGUCGCUGGUUUUGGCGUGUGCGUAGGAACCGGGUCCUGGACAACUAUCCCAUGCCGAUAUCUGUCUUUUGGGCUGGUCUUCCCGACAACAUUGAUGCAGCUUAUGAACGCCAUGAUGGCAAAUUUGUCUUCUUUAAAGAUGAUCAAUACUGGGUGUUCAGGGAAGCGGAUGUAUUGCCAGGAUACCCGCAGCCCAUUCGGGAAUAUGGUCAAGGAGUUCCGGCUCACGGCAUCGACACGGCAGUUUGGUGGGAGCCAAACGGAUACACCUACUUUUUCUCUGAUGACCGAUACUGGAGAUUCAAUGAGGAGACCCGUAAAGCGGACAGAGACUUCCCGAAACCAAUCAGUAGAUGGGGAAAGAUCCCUCCCUCACCCAAAGGAGCCUUCCUCAGUGAUGAUGGCGCAUACACCUAUUUCUACAAAGGCACCAAUUACUGGCGGUUUGACAACCACAAGACAGUAGCAGACAAAGGCUACCCGCGCUCCAUCCUCAAGGAUUUCAUGGGCUGUGUGGGCAUCCCGGAGCCUCCGCCAGACCCAGACAUCCAGCCCAAAGCUGAAGAUAAACCCGCAAAGCCUUCAGACAGAGGAGAUGAGGAACGCAAAGAUGUGGACCGUGGGAAAGAUGACGAAACUGCACCCGAAAAAGAUGACGAUGGCCCAGAAGUAGAUGAGGAUGACAAAGACGUGAACGUGGUGGUGACGGUGGCAGACAACGGAUCCAAGGUCAUGACCUUGAUCAUGGUGGUGGUGCCUCUGAUGCUCAUCCUGUGUAUCCUGGUCCUUAUCUUUGCCAUCCUCAGGACUCUGCAGAACAAAGAGACCCCCAGGGCUCUGGUGCACUGCAAGCGUUCACUGCAGGACUGGGUGUGAGACACACAACUUUUUUUCUGCACUAUUUUGGUAGAAGAUUGUUUUAUGCAGGGCUAUUUUCCCAUGCAUAAUAACGAAUAACCUGUGAGGUGGUGACAAUAGUGCCUGUGGAGCUAGUUCACAAUUUUUCUCGUGCCUUUGUACUCUUCAUUAGAUCCCUUUUUUUCAGCUGCCAUAGCCUUAGUGUGAAAGACACAUGGCGCAAUAGCAAUUGACUGUUUUCAAUCAUUUGUUGCGAUACAGAGAUUCGGUCGGUGUUGUCAGAUGCUUUUCUCAAUGAGUCAGCAAUGAUCACAGAUCUUCUUAAGGCCAGACAUUUGCACUUGUUGUUUCCCUACUUUGUUGUUGUUUUGCUGCUGUUGCUUCCUUGCAGAUGUCUUUGUGUGCGUGAGCAUGCAUGCAAAAGCAUUCCCAAGUGUACGCACACGAGCCGGGGUCGUCCUCCAAGCAGCGCAGGAAUGUCAGACAACACAUGCCCAAACAUCACAUGAUCUCAAAUGCCCCUGAAGAGAAAAGACACGUUUAGAGACCACUUACACAGGCACAUAAUACAGUACACGUUUUUUUGCACACAGACUCCCGGGCUCCAGCCUCCACUCCUCCCACCAAGAUCACUAUUUAGACUCCACCACUAAAUGAACAAUUUCAGCUGAGUUCUACUGUGGCAUAGUAUGUGCCGAGGCUGCAUUGAGAAUCACUUUGUGGUAUAAAUCACUCCUUUAUUCUAACUUAAAGCAAAAGUGAAUUCUGCAGCCAUUACAAUUCAGUGUUCAGUGUGUGACGAAUAAAGAAGAACAGGCUUUGGUUUCCAUUUGGCCCACAUGCUGCAGAUUUAGUAGUGUCGAGGCAUGAAGAAGGGAGAGAGAAAUGUAAAAGAAGAAAUAAAAAAUGUUGAGGAGGAAAUGAGAGAGAAUGAGAUGAGGGUGAAGUGAAGGGUGGGCCAGAUUCUUUUUUCCUUGGAAUAGGAGGCGUGAGGG